AUGGAAAAAUCAAAGGAAAUUUUCUAUGACAAGGAGAAGAGGUUCUUUCUGCACCUCAUGAUAUACGUGAGUAGAUUUUUUCUAAACGAUGAUGAAAUCGUUGUCUUCGAUUUGUUUGUCCAUAACGAAUGCCUCUACUUAGAGAAGGAUAUAAUUAACAGCCUUAAUAUGAACGAGCAGAAAAUACGAAGCAUUCUCUCUAAACUUUUGAAGGAGAAGUUUAUCAUCCAAGUACAGAAACUUAAAACCACUGAGAGGGGAUCUACUUUUCAAGUGUAUUACUGCCUGAACAACUACAUAGUUUACGUGAUAGAUUAUCGAAUUAGAGAGAUGGAGGUGCAGCUGAGGAAGGAUCGAAAUGACAACGAUAUGUAUGUCUGUAACUUCUGCAAGGCAACGUACUCUCAGUUGGAUGCUCAGCUACUCCCUCUAGACUCCUACGAUGCCCACUUCCUCUGUUUCUGCAACAAUAAAAUUGAACUCGUCGAGAAAGACGAAAGCAACCACGACCGCAUCUACAAUCGGUACACCAAGUACAUAAAUAUCUUGAAGGAGCACACGGAGAAGCUCAAAAAUUACUUCAUUCCCCUAUACACGGAGAAGUUUAGCAGGGUGGUACCCAACUCUCUGCACUCCCUCGCCGCGGACAACUCAUCAGACGAAUCCAUGACGAACAAUUCUUCUGAGUUGUCCCUCACGAAUAAUUCCUCCCAGGUGUCUCAAAACAACCCCGGAAAGUUGCCUGAACAGAAGAGAGCAAAGAACGAAGAAACACCCACGGACACCUGCAGCAGCGUUAUCCGCUCAGACAAAAAAAUAAAAAUAUGCAUGAAUGUAAAGGGGAAAAAAGGAACCAACAAAGUGGUAGCCUCUUCCACUGUUGGAAAGACCACUAGCCCAGAGAAGGACCAAGGGGAAGAUAAUAUUGAACAGAAGGGCCACAUUACAGGAAGGACAAAACAUAAAAGUGCUGACUUGGCCCAGGUGCAACAAAGUACCAGCGAGAUGGUCGUGUUGAAGGAUUCCCUGAAGACCAAUGAGCCGGAAAUGCCCCUGUUCUUUAUAGAAAAAUUCAAGAAGGAGUUUUCCCUUAUGGAUGCCCAGAAACUGCAGCAAGACAUGACUCAGGACGAAUUCGAACGCUUCAUGGAGUUGCAGGAUGAGUACCUGGACCUGAUUUGA